CGUCACCAUGUUUUGGUUCCCGCAGUGCGUAGACCUCACGUGAACAUCGGUUCCCUUCUUGUCAGGAUUCUCCUACAUUUCCUCUCGAAUCUUUUCAACAUGCAUCACACACACGAGCUGGAGCUUUUCCCCGAUCGCAAAGUGACUCAGGUCCUUUUUCAAGAGGUGAAAAACGCCGCAGAGCUCAGACAGAUUGCAGUGGACGGUCAAAUAAACGCAGCUCUGAUCAACCCCACGAUGCUGGUGCAUCCUCUCCAGGUGCUGGUCGCUGCCAACAAAGCUGUUCACCUGCAGAACACUGGGAAAAUGAAGACAAGGAGUCUGAACUCAGAGAUAAUCUUCAACCUGUCACCGACUAAUAAAAUCUCUGAGGCCUUUAAGAGGUUUGGGAUCUCAGAUGGUGAUGACUCUGUGAUGGUGGUCAUGGUUCAUGACAAAAACGAGUCGCAGCUUGUUGAAGACAUUGUGACCAAGGUGGACGGACGACAGGUUCCAGUGGAAGAGCUUUCCUCAUUGUCGGACUCUGCAAACAUCAGAAAGUUGUAUAAAGUUUGUCCUCAGGAGGAGACGUGUGGGACUCUACUUGAUGCGGUCAUCUGCAGAAUGGCCACCAAGGACGUCAUGUAGCUACAACAAGAAAUAAGAGCAGGACACAACUUUUCUUACUGAACACUUGUUGCAUUUUUUCAUAAAAGCAAAGUUAAGAUGGUUCUUUCUUGAUACAGUUAUUUCACUUCAUUGUCCCAAGCCGGCAAACACCGUCUUUCUUGUUUUCAUUGCAAACUGAACUGUAUAUCAGCUGUGGAAAAGAUUUCUCCUAUGUGAGCUGAAUAUAUCUUAUUUUUCCUAAA